CAACAAGCGCCCCUUUCAAUUACUGGCGAUGCUCGAAUAGUGACAAUUCACAGAGACGACUGGAUGCCCGGCCAUAUCGGAUAGGCCGUUGUCCUCAAUUUGUUGUAUAAUAGCCCAAUCCUCAUCGCUCUUCAUUCCGGUUCAAUAAAAGAGAUCCCAUGGCCAAUUAAUCCAGCAGCCUCGUCAUCGGGCAUAUCGCAAUCAUCACCUCCCCCCCUUCGCCCUCGACAUCAUGGCUAUUGCCCGGCCAGUUCGAGCCCUGGGCACACUAGCCCUCGUCCUGUGGUGCUUCUUCCUCUAUCAGCUUCUCAAACCUUCGUCUGGAUACAACAGCCCGGGCGAUCGGUACAUUAACUUUGAGCGCGACCCCAACUUAGAUCCCACCGGCGAACCCGAGGGAACUCUCGUACGAACCUCUGCGAAAUAUGCGCCCGAUGCCGAAGACACCGAUCGAGUCAGCGCCACGCUGCUAGCUCUUGUCCGCAAUGAAGAGGUGGACGACAUGGUGGCAUCCAUGGUAGAUCUCGAGCGGACAUGGAACAACAAGUUCAACUACCCCUGGACCUUUUUCAAUGACAAGCCCUUCUCGGAAGAGUUCAAGAAGAAGACAAGCGCCGCAACCAACGCCACGUGCAACUACGAGCUCAUCCCCAAGGAACACUGGGACGCGCCCUCAUGGAUCGACCCGGACAUCUUUGAAGAAUCAGCCGCCGUGCUUAAGAAGAACGGAGUCCAGUACGCCAACAUGAUGUCCUACCACCAGAUGUGUCGCUGGAACAGCGGCAUGUUCUACAAGCAUCCCGCCCUCAAGGACGUCCGCUACUACUGGCGCGUCGAGCCAAAGGUCCAUUUCUUCUGCGACGUCGACUACGACGUCUUCCGCUACAUGCAGGACAACAACAAGACGUACGGCUUCACAAUCACCCUCUACGACGACCCGCACACGCUGCCCACCCUCUGGCCCCAGACGGCCAAGUUCCUCGCCGACCACCCGAGCUACCUGCACGAGCACAGCGCCAUCAAGUGGGUGGUCGAUGACAUCCGGCGGCCGCAGCACAACAGAGAGGCCCAGGGCUUCUCCACCUGCCACUUCUGGAGCAACUUUGAGGUUGCUGACAUGGAGUUCUGGAGGAGCCAGGCUUACGAGGACUAUUUCGAGCACCUUGACCGCGCGGGAGGCUUCUUCUACGAGCGAUGGGGCGAUGCACCCGUUCAUAGCAUUGCCCUGGGUCUAUUUGAAGAUUCUAGCAAAAUUCACUGGUUCCGUGAUAUUGGCUACCAGCACAUCCCCUUCUUCAACUGCCCCAACUCUCCCAAAUGCAAGGGCUGUGUUACUGGCCGAUUAACGGAUGGUGAGCCGUUCCUCCACCGAGAAGAUUGCCGUCCCAACUGGUUCAAAUAUGCUGGUAUGGGCUGA